CUCUACACCAGGUGGUGGAGAACCAAAGUGUCAGGGUGAAACCUCUACCCACACAGCCUGGGCACAAAGUGGCAGAAGGGAGCCAUGAUGGCCCAGUCCCCCUUCUUCCUUUGAACUAUAAAACUGAAGACAGGAUCUCGGUCUGGGUGGAAGGGACACUAUGAUCACAGAAUUCCUGUCCUUGCUUUGCCUCGGGCUUUCCCUGGGCUUUGAAGAUGAGAAAAAGAAUGGUGAGUUUUCUUGCAUACACUUGAUCUGUUCCUGCAUCCCAAGUUUUCUGUCUGAUCCUCUGAAUUCUGGGAGGGCAUUGGCAGUCAUCACUUGGAAGAUUCAGACUAACUCUGAAUUCUUUCCAGAGACACUUACCAAACCCUACCUCAGUGCCUUGCCCAGCCCAGUGGUUGAACAGGGACAUAACGUGACCUUGAGGUGCCUGGGUCACCGCCACAAUGUGACAUUCAUGCUGGGGAAGCUGCAGGACUCUGGGUACAGACAGGAGCAGAGAUCUGCAGGAUAUGAGGCUGAAUUCCUCCUCACUCACCUGGAGCCAAAGGAUGCUGGGACGUACUUUUGUGCCUACAAGACAAUGGACUCCCAGGAGUGGUCAGAGGAGAGUGAACACCUGCAGCUGGAGGUCACAGAUGACCGCAAUAAACACAGAGCCCCUCCAGGGGGAAAAGUCACCAGAUCCAUUAUUGCUGCCACCUGCAGCUGUCUCUCCAUUUUGCUCCUCUUCCUCUCCGUCUUCCUCAUCAACAGAUGCACCCAGCAUGAUUUGUCACAUGAAGAAUCCACCAAGAGAACCAGCCAUUCCAAACUGCCCCAGCAGGAGGCUAUGGGUGAGUGAUAAGAUUCAUCCGACCUGGAAAGGACAUCUGUCUCCGCUGAAAGACCCCCAGGGAGUGAGCUAUGCUGAUCGAAACCCCAAGACACCACCUGCGGCGGCUUCUGUCCCCCGCCGAGGAGCCCCCAGGAUCCUGUGAACGGACAGUGCUGUAGGAUCCCUGGAAGGAGGAGAACGUGACUUAAGGUGGUGGAGGUGACCGAACACAGGGAAGCCAGGUCACUGUGUGUCCUUGGCUCAUAAUCCAUAGUAAUAAAAUGAAGUUUCUGCUUUUUUGCUUCCA